AUGAUAAUAUACUGCUUAAAAAAUAAUUUAUUCUGUUGUUUAGAAACUUGCAAUAUAAUGGAUGUGUACAAUGAUGAUAACAAAACUGAUUGUCAAAAAACAAUAGAUAAUUUUGCCAAUUCAAUUUCUAAUGCAAAUGUUAAUAUUUAUAAUAUAUACAGUGUUUUUCAACGUUGUGUUUUAAAAGCUUUACACAUUCCAAUUGAACGAAAUUUUACAUGGAGAAUUGGUAGUGAUAAAGUUAGUCAAAAUUAUGAAACAACUCAAGAUGAUAUGUCCCCUUUUAUUACAAAUGUUUUAAAUGCAAAAGUACCAGUUUUGCUUUAUUUUGGAGAAGCAGACUCGGUUUUAAGUUAUAUAAGUGGGCAAAGAUUUUGUGAAAGACUUGGACGAAGGAUUAAAACUCCAAAAACUCCCUGGGUUUUUGACAAACAAACUGCAGGAAUGAAAACUGAAUAUGAAGGUGGAUUGACAUUUAUAACAGUUAUUGGUGCUGGACAUGCGGUAAAUGGUGGAGUGCCUGAACGUUCCUUGUAUUUUUUCAAACAAAUGUUGGACAAUAAACCAAUAUAA